GUGACAAUGGUACAGUUACAUUUUUGUUGUAAGACUCGUCGUCGUAGUAAUUGGCUUCACUAAACAAUUUAAUUGAAAUGGAUAGCGGCGAUAUAAUCGUUUAGCUGCUUAUUAUCGGUUGAUAAAUGCUCUGUUGUUCCCACAAUCGAACCAAAAAAUUAUGCCCUUUUGGUUUUUUGCAAACUCUCACGACCCAGAAAUCUCGUUCGGUCGUCCACUAUGUGUCCAAUACUGAAAUUGAAACUCUAUGCUCUUAUGAUAAAUGUCGCAAUUUGGCAGGCUGCCGGUUUUGGAGCACGAUCAUUUGGAAGCUCGAGCCCAUCUUCGUCUUCAGAAGUGACAUCGUCGGAGCAAAGCCUGCUUGCCUUUAUUUACAGAUGCAUGGGUGCUACAUCUAAUGCAGCCCUGGGAUGUCCUUGUGCCGGUAACGGAAAGCGAUGCAAGAAUUUUCUGUCCAUCUGCCAAAAUUUCAAAUGCAUCUGUGAUCCAUCGAUUAGCAAUACAGUUAAUGGCCAAUGUGUUGCCAUUGCUAGUCUGACUAACACCGACACAACACCAACGACAAUAACCACAUCAACAACCUCUGUCACUAGUACUACGACUACGGCAGCCUUCGCUGCGGGCUGUUCAAACAAAUCCGACACUGCCCUUUCCACCAGCGCUGCCACCAAAUGCACCGCUUCUACAGUUACUGAAAUAGCUUAUGUUCCUCUAACGACACCAGUCCCUGCCGGCACUACUAUCCUGGAAAUACUUAAUGUGCAUAACAAUUAUCGUAGGUCAGUGGCCGCACAAGGUAUGAACAAACUGGACUGGAGCGACUGUGCAGCGAGCAAUGCACAGCACUGGGCCGACACAUGCCCUUCGGAUCAUGACAGAUUAAGCGAUCGGCAUAUCCCUGAAUUUCCUUACUGUGGUCAGAAUAUCUUCUGGAAUAGUGGUUCACCUGCCACCUGGACGGCUGCUAUAAAAGAAUGGUACAACGAAGUCAAUAUUUUCUCUUAUUGCGCCGACAAUACGGGAAAGGACGUCGGACAUUACACUCAAGUAAUGUGGGCGGACACAACACUUAUCGGAUGCGGCAUGAAAUCAGGCUGUUCGACAAUAAAUGGGCUAAAUCUCCCUGCUCCUGUUAAUGUCUUCGUCUGCAAUUAUUGUACAGGAGGCAACGUUCACACCGAUGGAGUAGCUAACUCCGAAUGGUGUCCAUACAAAACAGCGACGACGCCAGGAGCAGCAACAUCAAACCAGUGUGGUGCCUCAUGCAUGAAAGGAAGCGCUUGUGACCAGGGCGACUGCCUAUGUGCUACAACUUAG